UCAGCCACCAUCACUGCUGACGUCAUCUCCUACUAGUGACUGCUGUUAUCAAGAUGGCGCUGCGGCCAGGAUCAGGGGGAGGUGGCAGUUUCAUGUAUCCUGUUGGAGGGGGCCUGGGACCGCCACAAGGCAUGGUACCCAUGCAGCAGCAGCAGCAGCAGCAACAACAACAGCAGGGCUUCCCUAUGGUUCCGGUCAUGCAACCGAACAUGCAGGGCAUGAUGGGAAUGAACUUUGGGGGACAGAUGCCUGCAGGAGCGAUGCCUAUGCAGGGUGGGAUGGCUCUUGGUAUGCAGACCCCUGGGAUGCAGUUCUUGGGUCAGCCACAGUAUAUGAGUAUGAGACCUGCUGGACCCCAGUACACUGCGGACAUGCAGAAACAAAUGGCCGAGGAGCACCAAAAACGCCUGGAGCAGCAGCAGAAGAUGCUGGAAGAGGACCGGAAAAGAAGACAGUUUGAGGAGCAGAAACAGAAGCUGAGGCUGCUCAGCAGUGUCAAACCCAAGACGGCUGAGAAGAGCCGCGAUGAUGCCUUGGAGGCAAUCAAAGGCAACCUGGAUGGCUUCAGCAGAGACGCUAAGAUGUACCCGAAUCCGUCAUCGCAGACCAAGAAGCCAGACUCAUCGCCACCACAUCCUUCUGUCCCCACUCGCUCCCUCCCCCCAGCUUUGUCCGAAGACAAUGACGACUUUAGUGACUUUCACGGGCCUGUAGACGCCCCCUCCUCCUUCCCUCCGUCCUCCUCCACUUCCUCCGCCUCCGGCCUCUCCUCUCAGGCCCUCGUCCAGCCCUCGUCCACCGUGACAGGUUUCUCCCCGGACGAUGACGAGUUUAGUGACUUUGUUCAGGGUCCCCUAAAUGCGUUCCCUCCCUCCGACCAAGUCCAACCUUCCUCCCCUUCCCUGAAGGCAGGACUGUCCUCCUCUUCCUCUUCCCUCCCUCAGUCCCUUCCUGCCUCUGUGUCCAUUUCCACUGUCACCCAACACUCUGCUGUCAACAACAGCUCCCAAUCUACAUGUCAAGGCCCGUCCCUGGAAGAGAAGCUAUUCUCCUCAUGCGAUUUUUCUGCUGGUAGGACGGCACAGGUUAGCUUUAAAUCCAAGCCGAGUUUGGCUAAAAUGGGUCCUGGAACUAAAGUUUCAACCCAGUUUCACUCCAGCACUAAAGCGAGGGAUUGGGCUGUGGCCCCUCAGGACUUGAGUUCGGUCUUCAUUGCAGAAAAGCUACCUGAGGUCCCGGGGUCGGCACCCGGCGCCCCCCCAUCAGCCGUUGACUCGUCUCCUCAAACCGGUAGUGACAGCGCAGGUGUUGGUGUGUACCCACAACAAGAGCACAUUCCACCCAUGCUGCCAGCCUGGCUUUACAAUGACAGCCUCAUCCCAGAAAUGUUCAAGAAGGUUCUUGAAUUCACCAUGACUCCGGCAGGGAUAGACACAGCCAAUCUCUACCCAAUACUAAUGUCAUCAGGACUUCCCAGGGAAGCACUGGGGCAAAUCUGGGCGUCGGCCAACCGCACAACACCUGGCAUGCUGACCAAGGAGGAGCUCUACACUGUACUUGCACUAAUUGGUGUGGCGCAGAGUGGCCUCCCAGCAAUGAGUGUGGAAAUUCUGAGUCAGUUCCCUUCUCCACCUGUGCCCAACCUGCCGGCCCUGGCUAUGGCCAUGGCCUCCGUCAUGCCGCAGCACCAGCAGCCCAUGAUGACCAAGCCCCCUGUUUCCAUGGCCAUGCCCACAUCAGCACCACCAGUUAUGGGCAUGACUACCGCAACGCAGGCUCAAGCGCCCACAAACACUAACUUCAUAGCCAGUUUCCCUCCUGCACAGGGGCCCAAAGCCGAUGACGAUGACUUCCAGGAUUUCCAGGAGGCUCCAAAGGCAGGAGCGGGAGACCAGUCCUUCACUGAGUUCCAGGGGGAUUCAGGUGGAGGUUUCCCCACCACCCUCCCAUCGCAGCACCAAAAAAGUGCGUCUGCCAUGCUGACUCCAGUGUCCGGUUCUUCGUCCGCCUCCGUCACGGCCUCUGAUAAGUACGCUGUUUUCAAGCAGCUGUCUGUGGAGCAGCCGGCAGAGCCUACACCCACUGCCUCAGGUGUUGGGGACAAAUACAGUGUAUUCAGGCAGCUCGAGCAACCUGCUGACAAGAAACCAGUCGGGGAAGGAUUUGCCGAUUUCAAGUCCGUCAGCGCUGAUGAUGGCUUCACAGACUUUAAAACCGCAGACAGCAUCUCUCCAUUAGACCCUUCAGACCAGGCCAAGAUCUUUCAACCUUCCUUCCCCUCUGCUUUCCCAACCUCUCAGUCUCUUCAACAUCUACCACAGCAGCAGCAGCAGCAACAACCAGCAGUGUCUCUUUCUCAGCCCAAAAAUCCUCUCAACAUGGCCGACCUGGACCUUUUCUCUUCUAUAGCUCCCUCUGUUCCUGCCCCCACAGAGACAAAACCCAGCACGUUCCCCUCAGUGUCUGUGCCCCCCCCUCUAGUGCUCUUACCAGGUGGAGCCAAACCUCCAGGGGGAGGUGCAGAUGAUUUUGGGGAUUUUACCCUCUUUGGCUCAUCCUCUGACGCUGCUCAGGCUUCCGCAGCGGGGGGAGCUGUGGCAGCGCCACAGGACGACUUUGCAGAUUUCAUGGCGUUUGGCAGCUCCGGCGGGGAGCCUAAAGGCGAGAGCAGCAGCGUCGGUGUCCAAGGGGAGACCUCCACUCAGCAGCGACCUCAGCAGGGCUCAGACAAAUACGACGUAUUCAAACAGCUGUCUCUGGAGGGAGGCCUGGCCUACGACGAUGCUAAGGAGAGCGGCGGUGGCUCCUUCUCUUCGCUCAAGAGUGACACCGACGACUUCGCCGACUUUCAGUCCUCAAAGUUCUGCACGGCGCUCGGGGCUUCGGAAAAGACUCUGGUGGACAAAGUGGCCGCUUUCAAACAGGCCAAAGAGGACUCCGCCUCCGUCAAGUCCCUCGACCUCCCGUCCAUCGGGGGCAGCAGCGUAGGAAAGGACGACUCCGAAGACGCACUCUCAGUGCAGCUGGACAUGAAGCUCUCGGAUAUGGGCGGAGACCUGAAACAUGUGAUGUCGGACAGCUCUCUGGAUUUGCCCGGCCUCUCGGCCCACCAGCCCCCCGCUACAGAAGGAGACGACAUGAAAUUUGACCCCUUCGGGACGUCUGCCCUCAGCACCCUGUCCAGCUACGACUGGUCAGACCGCGAGGAAUGUCUGCCCGGGGAGGUCAGAAAGCCGCAGGGCUUUGAGGGAGCUUCCCGCCCGUCUUUAGUGCCAGCACAGAAAAAGGAGCUGACCUUUGGCAGCACAGAAAACAUCACGAGCGGCUCCGCGGCAAAGGUCCCGGCCUCCUUUCCCACCGAGGACAGCUCGUCCACAGAUGACAAGUUCGAAGCCUUCGCUGAUUUUGGCCCCGGCGACCAGGGCGGUGUGGAUGACGAGGACGACUUCGGGGACUUCGCGAGCACAGUUUCUGAAAAGUCCGACUCGCCAGCCGCCACUGCGGAGGGCGGCUCCGAGGGCAACCAAAGCGAGGCCUCUGAUGAGUUUGGAGCCUUCCAGGGGGACAAGCCUAAGUUUGGCAAGUCUGACUUCCUCAAAGCCAGCGCUCAGACCAACGUCAAGUCCAGCGAGGAGAUGAUCAAGAACGAACUGGCGACAUUUGACUUGUCUGUUCAAGGCUCCCACAAACGCAGUCACAGUUUGGGCGACAGGGAGAUUGGGCGUUCUCCCCCGUCUCCGGCUCCAGAGCAGCCCUUCAGGGACCGAUCCAACACCCUGAGCGAGAAGCCCGCCCUGCCCGUUAUCAGGGACAAGUACAAAGACCUGACUGGGGAGGUGGAGGAGAGCGAGCGCUACGCAUACGAGUGGCAAAGGUGUCUGGAGAGUGCUUUGGAGGUCAUCACCAAAGCCAACAACAUCCUGAACGGCAUCAGCAGCUCCUCUGUCUGCACCGAGGUCAUCCAGUCUGCUCAGGGCAUGGAGUACCUGCUGGGCGUGGUGGAAGUGUAUCGUGUCACCAGGCGCGUGGAGCUGGGCAUCAAGGCGACAGCCGUGUGCUCCGAGAAGCUGCAGCAGCUGCUGAAGGACAUCAGCCGCGUGUGGAACAACCUCAUGGGCUUCAUGUCGCUGGCCAAGCUCACUCCUGAUGAAAGCUCCCUCGAUUUCUCCUCCUGUAUUCUGAGGCACGGCAUUAAGAAUGCCAAGGAGCUGGCUUGUGGGGUGUGUCUACUCAACGUUGACUCACGCAGCAAGAACAAAGAAGAAAGCACUAUUGGACGUCUGUUUAAACGAGCGUUCAACUCGGAGACGGACAACUUCAAACUGCUGUACGGGGGCCACCAGUACCACGCCAGCUGUGCCAAUUUCUGGAUUAACUGUGUGGAGCCCAAACCCCCCGGCCUCAUCCUGCCCGACCUGCUCUGAGCUCUACGGGGGCACAAGCUGGUCAACGUCAGAUAGGGAGAGCAAAGACACUGCACAGACUGAGAGGACGACGUUUAAAGUCACUGCAUUCCUCUGUAUUUAUGUAUCUUAUCUCUUCUGUCACAACUCGGCUGUCACUCAGAUCUGGUGGUUCGUUAAAAGAUUUUGUAUAAAUAUUUACCAUCUACGUUGUUAUUGCUACCUUUUUAUUCUCCCACAUAAAUGACCUAAACACAGGUCAGCUGUACAGGUCAUAUUUAAAUCAGUUGUGAGCAAUGUGUCGUAUGGUUUCCACUGCUGAACAAAGUCAAUGAAUUACUUACACUUAAUUAAUAAUUAAUUAAUUAAUCACUUGUCAGUGACUCAUAUUUAAAUUAUUAGGUGUGCAAUAAAUAAUCUGGAGUUUUGAAUGUUGCUUCUGUUUGAGAGGGUUUUUAUUCAUGACUUCCUUUCUUCCCACUGAGCCGGAGCUGUUGAAUCAUGACCCUACUAUCGUACUUGAAUUACAUUUGUGGGUCAGGUGUGAUUGAUGAAACUCUGCGGCUGCUCUGGUUUUAUUAGGAAGUCUUUAACAUUUGAACCGAGGCUGGUGGUAUACGUUUUCCUGACUGCCUGUUGAAUUGACAGCUUUGAAUGUUUUUUGCACGGUUGAGGAGAUUUCAGCACCUCCGGGGGAAUCUAAGAUGUAUAUUUUAUAGGAGGAAAUAGUUGUUUGUGUCUUUUUGUUGCGUGCAACUAGAACUGAACGUCUGGAAAAAGUUGACUGAUUCUGAACUGGAAUUGCAGCGGCACUUUUUGUAUAUUGCAGUGUCAUGCUGUAGCAUUGUAACUAUGACUAACUAAUGUGAAUGUGAUGUAAAUAAAUAUGCAUACAGUUUAUUUAAAGUGUCAGAUUAUUGUAUUUGUCAGAUUUUUUUAAAGGCUGUCUUUAAACAGCGCUCACGUAUGUACAUUAAGUUAGUUUUUAAUCACUUUAACAGUGGUGAUUCAAUCAGCUCAGAAACGCUUUAACAGGCUGUAAUAAGAGCGAUACUCUGAAUAUUAAGAGGAGGGGGAAGCUGUUUGUCUUUAUGUGUAUAAUAAUAUGUCUAAAAAUUAAAAACGACAGCAAAAGUGUAAGGAAUGGAUUAAACUGCUGUGACGUUAGCAUGCACGGCUGAAUGACUUUCUGGUGUUCAUUGGUUAUUACUCUUCCUCAAAUCCAGUGGUAUUCAAAAAUAUAUAAAAAUAAUAAAUAAAAUAAAAGUUGAUUAUUUAAUUCGGGAACAACUAAGACCCUUUAAAAAAGUCUUGAAGAACCAUAUUUCGAGGAAUUAGUUAUAUAUUUUGUGACACUACUUUGUAUAGUUGUAUGACUUUAUGACUUAAUAUUUAUCGUGACAUACUCUACUGUGACAUUUUCAUAGCAUAUAACAUUUUUAUUAAAAACAAUACUAUGGAAUUUUACUGGUAUUUUUGUGACAUACUUUACGAUGACAUUUUUAUGACAAAUGUCACAAAUGCCUUUUAAUGACAUUCUAUACUAUGACUGUUUUCUGACCUACUAUACUACGAUAUCAUUUAUGAAGUUUUUUUUUAUGCUAUACUAUGAUAAGACAUUAAUACAUGUGUUACUAUACUGUGACUUGUUUAUGAUUUUCUAUGGCAUACUGUAUAGUUUGAUAAUGGGACGUUUUAUGACAUCUAUGACCUUUUUAUGACAUUACAGCAUUGAAAUAAGUCAUUUAACUCGCAUGGUUUUUCAUCUUAUUUCGCAUGCAUUCCCGAUGAGCCUUCUCUGCCAAAUGCAUGAAUGUUGCUUCACAUUACUACCCCCCCCCCCCAUCAUCAUCAUUUUUAAUUGACUGUCUCUCCGGCCGGAGAGGCCUCAUCUCCAUCAAUUCAUGACAAAAUGGAAUAAAUUCUACUUCGACAAGCCUGCCGGCCAUUGCUGGCGGUUCAGCUCAACCAAUCAAAUGAGAUGUCUUGAGGCUGUGUGAAACCAGUCUUAUCGUUCUCACACUUGUGUUCAGGUGUGCUCUCCAACAUCCAUUUUAUCUGUCGCUAUGACCUAAUUCAUUUCCUGCAGAAAAUGAUUUCCUCUCUACAGAAAAUCACAAAUGCUGAAAUCAAUUACUGAAUAAAGCUUGUAAUUUGAAAUGCAGACCGCCUGUGCCUGUCAUCUUCACGCCUAUUGUCUGCAAUGCUGAAAUCAUCACUGCGGGAGAGAAGCGAGAUUGAAGUGAUGCUGUGUUGUAUUGACUGCUGCUCUUUGGUAUUUCAUGACCGUGGGCAAUCACAUUACAGUUUAAAAACAGCUGCUUCUGCACAUG